CUCCCCCCUCUCUCCCCGCAGCCCCCGCCCCGUCCCGCCAUGAGCGCCGCGGGCGGGCGGGGCCGCGCGGACGCGGAGCCCGAGAUGCCUUCCACGGAGAAGGACCUGGCGGAGGACGCGCCCUGGAAGCGCAUCCAGCAGAACACCUUCACCCGCUGGUGCAACGAGCACCUGAAAUGCGUCCAGAAGCGCGUGGGGAACCUGCAGACCGACCUCGGGGACGGGCUGCGCCUGAUCGCGCUGCUCGAGGUGCUGAGCCAGAAGCAGAUGGGCCGCAAGUACAACGCGCGCCCCACGUUCCGCCAGAUGCAGCUCGAGAACGUCUCGGUGGCGCUCGAGUUCCUGGAGAGGGAGAACAUCAAACUGGUGUCCAUCGACAGCAAGGCCAUCGUGGACGGGAACCUGAAGCUGAUCCUGGGGCUGAUCUGGACGCUCAUCCUGCACUACUCCAUCUCCAUGCCCAUGUGGGACGAGGAGGAUGAGGAGGAGGCCAAGCGCCAGACGCCGAAGCAGCGGCUGCUGGGCUGGAUCCAGAACCGCCUGCCCCAGCUGCCCAUCACCAACUUCAGCCGCGACUGGCAGAGCGGCCGCGCCCUCGGGGCCCUGGUGGACAGCUGUGCCCCGGGGCUGUGCCCCGACUGGGACUCGUGGGACCCGAGCCGGCCCGUGGAGAACGCGCGCGAGGCCAUGCAGCAGGCGGACGAGUGGCUGGGCAUCCCGCAGGUGAUCACCCCCGAGGAGAUCGUGGACCCCAACGUGGACGAGCACUCGGUCAUGACGUACCUGUCCCAGUUCCCCAAGGCCAAACUCAAACCGGGGGCGCCGCUGCGCCCCAAACUCAACCCCAAGAAGGCGCGGGCCUACGGGCCGGGGAUCGAGCCCAGCGGGAACGUGGUGCAGCAGCGCGCCGAGUUCACGGUGGAGACGAUCAGCGCGGGGCAGGGGGAGGUGCUGGUCUACGUGGAGGACCCCGACGGGCACCGCGAGGAGGCCAAGGUGGUGGCCAACAACGACAAGAACCGAACGUUCUCCGUGUCCUACGUGCCCAAAGUCACCGGCGUCCACAAGGUGACGGUGCUGUUCGCGGGGCAGCACAUCGCCAAGAGCCCCUUCGAGGUGCAGGUGGGGAGGGCAGCGGGGGACGCCGGGCGGGUGACGGCGGCGGGGCCGGGGCUGGAGCCGCUGGGGAACGCGGCCAACAGGAGCACGCACUUCGACAUCUGCACCGCCGGUGCGGGCCCGGGGGAGGUGGGGGUCUCCAUCGUGGACCCCAGCGGGCGGCGCGGGACCCCCGAGGCGCUGCUGGAGGAUCGUGGGUCUGGGGGCUUCCGCUGCUCCUACCGGCCGCAGAGCGAGGGGCUGCACCAGGUGCACGUCACCUUCGGGGGGGUGCCCAUCCCCCGCAGCCCCUUCGGCGUCACCGUGGGCCAGGCCUGCAGCCCCGGGGCGGUGCGGGCCGAGGGCCGGGGGCUGCAGCCCAAAGGGCUCCGGGUCAAUGAGGCCGCCCAGUUCAAGGUGCACACCCGGGGCGGCGGCAGCGGCGACCUCAAAGUGGCCGUCAAGGGACCCAAGGGCCCCGAGCCCGUCCAGCAGAAGGAUUUGGGGGACGGAACUUUCGGGCUGGAAUAUUUCCCCACCGUGCCCGGGAACUACACGGUGGCCGUGACCUGGGGCGGGCAGCACGUGCCCCGCAGCCCGUUUGAGGUGACGGUGGCACCCGAGGGUGGCACCCCCCGGGUCAGGGCCUGGGGGCCCGGCCUGGAGGGGGGGGUGGCCGGGAAAGCCGCGGAUUUCAUGGUGGAGGCGAUCGGCGACGACGUGGGGACCCUCGGGUUCUCGGUGGAGGGCCCGUCCCAGGCCCGGUUGGAGUGCGAGGACGGCGGGGACGGCUCGGGCCGGGUGCGGUACUGGCCGCAGGAGCCGGGGCUGUACGCGGUGCACGUGCUGUGCGACGGCGCCGACAUCCGCGGCAGCCCCUUCAUGGCCGACAUCCGCCCUGCGAGCGGGGACUGCUUCCCUGAGAAGGUGAAGGCGCAGGGCCCGGGGCUGGAGCCCUCGGGGGUGGUGCUGGACAAACCCGCCGAGUUCAGCGUGGACGCGCGGCACGGCGGCACCGGCGGCCUCCGGGUGCACAUGCAGGACGCGGAGGGGAACCCCGUGGACGUGGCGGUGAAGGACAACGGGAACGGGACCUUCAGCUGCUCCUACACCCCAAAAAAAGCCCUGAAGCACACGGCCAUGGUGGCCUGGGGGGGCGUCAACAUCCCCCAGAGCCCCUUCCGGGUGGGGGUGGGGGCCGGCAGCCACCCCCACAAGGUGAAGGUUUUCGGGCCGGGCGUGGCCAAGACGGGGCUCAAAGCGCUGGAGCCGACCUAUUUCACCGUGGACUGCGCCGAGGCCGGCCAGGGUGACGUCAGCAUCGGCAUCAAGUGCGCCCCGGGCGUGGUGGGCCCGGCCGAGGCCGACCUGGACUUCGACAUCAUCCGCAACGACAACGACACCUUCACGGUCAAGUACACGCCCCGGGGCGGGGGGCUGCACACCAUCAUGGUGCUGUUCGCCGGCCAGGCCACCCCCAGCAGCCCCAUCCGGGUCAGGGUGGACCCCUCCCACGACGCCAGCAAGGUCAAGGCCGAGGGGCCCGGCCUGAGCCGCUCCGGUGUGGAGCUGGGCAAGCCCACCCAUUUCACGGUCAGCACCAAGGGGGGUGGCCGCGCCGCCCUGGACGUGCAGGUGACCGGGCCGGGCAAGGGCGAGGCCGUGAGGGACCUGCAGGUGACCGACAACCACGACGGCACCCACACGGUCACCUACACCCCCGUGCAGCAGGGCAAUCUGGGGGUGUCGGUGACCUACGGGGGGGACCCCAUCCCCAAAAGCCCCUUCAGCGUCGGCGUCAGCCCCGGCGUGGACCUGGGCAAGAUCAAAAUCUCCGGCCUGGACGACAAGCUGGAGGCGGGCAAGGCGCAGGAGUUCACGGUGAAGGCCAAGGGCGCGGGGGGCCAGGGCAAGGUGGGCGCCCGGAUUUUGGGGCCGUCCCGCAAGGGGGUCCCGUGCACAGUGGAGCCGGGCGCGGCGCCGGAGAGCAGCGCCGUGCGCUUCGUGCCGCGCGACGAGGGCCCCCACAGCGUGGAGGUCACCUACGACGGCGUCCCCGUGCCCGGCAGCCCCUUCCCCGUCGAGGUGGUGCCGCCCACCGACCCCUCCAAGGUCCGCGCUUUCGGCCCCGGCCUCCAGGGAGGCCUGGCGGGGGUUCCAGCCCCGUUCACCAUCGACACCAAAGGCGCCGGCACGGGCGGUUUGGGGCUGACCGUGGAGGGGCCCUGCGAGGCCAAAAUCGAGUGCCAGGACAACGGCGACGGCACCUGCUCCGUGUCCUACCUGCCCACGGAGCCCGGCGACUACAACAUCAACAUCCUCUUCGCCGGCGCGCACAUCCCGGGCUCGCCCUUCCGCGCGCCGAUCCGGCCCAAGUUCGACCCUUCCAAGGUCACCUGCGAAGGGCCGGGGUUGGAGAAGGCCACGGCCGGCCAGCCGGGGCGCUUCCGCGUGGACUGCAGCCGGGCGGGGACGGCCGAGCUGACCAUCGGCAUCGCCUCGGAGGCCGGGGCGCGGGCGGACGUGCGGGUGGAGGAGAACGGCGACGGCAUUUACACCAUCGCCUACACGCCGCGCAGCGCCGGCGUGCACACCGUCACCGUGGAGUACGGCGGGCAGCCCGUGCCGCACUUCCCCAGCACCGUGCGCGUGGAGCCGGCGCCGGCGGCCGUGGAUACGAGCGGCAUCAAGGUGUACGGGCCCGGCGUGGAGGGGAAGGCCGUGUUCCGCGAGGCCGUGACGGAGUUCGAGGUGGACGCCCGGGCCGUGGCCAAGGCCGGCGGUCCCCUGGUCAAGGCCCUGGUGUCCAACCCCUCUGGAAACGUCACCGAGACCUUCGUGGAGGACCGGGGUGACGGCACCUACCACGUGGAGUACACGCCCUACGAGGAGGGCCUGCACAAGGUGGACGUGACCUACGGGGGGUCCCCGGUGCCGCUGAGCCCAUUCCGCGUCCCCGUCACCGAGGGCUGCGACCCCAGCCGGGUGCGGGUGCACGGCCCCGGCAUCCAGAGCGGCACCACCAACCAGCCCAACAAAUUCACCGUGGAGACCCGGGGGGCCGGCACCGGGGGGCUGGGCCUGGCCGUGGAGGGGCCCUCGGAAGCCAAAAUGUCCUGCACGGACAACAAGGACGGCAGCUGCUCCGUGGAGUACGUCCCCUACGAGGCGGGAACCUACAGCCUCAACGUCACCUACGGCGGCCACCAGGUCCCCGGGAGCCCGUUCCAGGUGCCGGUGUCGGACGUGGUGGACGCGUCCCGAGUGUCCUGCGGGGGUCCUGGGCUGACCCCCGGCCACGUCCGGGCCAACGUCCCCCAGACCUUCACCGUGGACACCUCCAAGGCCGGCGUGGCCCCGCUGGACGUCAAAGUCCAGGGCCCCAAAGGCGUGCUGGAGCCCGUGGACGUGGCGGACAACGGCGACGGCACGCAGCGCGUGUCCUACGUCCCGUCCCGCGAGGGCCCCUACAGCAUCUCCGUGCGCUACGGCGACCACGAGGUGCCCCGCAGCCCCUUCAAGGUGAAGGCGCUGCCCACCCACGACGCCAGCAAGGUGCGGGCGAGCGGCCCCGGGCUCAACACCACGGGCGUGCCGGCCAGCCUGCCCGUGGAGUUCACCAUCGACGCCAAGGACGCCGGCGAGGGGCUGCUGGCCGUGCAGAUCACGGACCCCGAGGGGAAGCCCAAGAAAGCCUCGAUCCGGGACAAUCAGGACGGCACCUACACCGUGUCCUACGUGCCGGACAUGACGGGGCGCUACACCAUCCUCAUCAAAUACGGGGGGGACGAGAUCCCCUAUUCCCCCUACCGCAUCCGCGCCGUGCCCACCGGCGACGCCAGCAAGUGCACGGUCACCGUUUCCAUCGGAGGUCACGGCUUAGGACCGGGCCUGGGCCCCACCAUCCAGCUGGGCGAGCAGACGCUGAUCACGGUGGACGCCAAGGCGGCCGGCAAGGGCAAGGUCACCUGCUCGGUGUGCACGCCCGACGGCUCCGAGGUGGACGUGGACGUGGUGGAGAACCCCGACGGCACCUUCGACAUCUUCUACACCGCGCCCCAGCCCGGCAAAUACGUCAUCUGCGUGCGGUUCGGGGGGGAGCACAUCCCCAACAGCCCCUUCCAGGUCAUGGCCACGGACCGGCCGCUGCUGGGGGUCAACGGGCUGGACAUGGCCGGGCUGCGGCCCUUCGACCUCGUCAUCCCCUUCACCAUCAAGAAGGGCGAGAUCACAGGUGAGGUGCGGAUGCCCUCGGGCAAAGUGGCCACUCCGGACAUCACGGACAACAAGGACGGGACAGUGACCGUGCGCUUCGCGCCCAGCGAGGCGGGGCUGCACGAGAUGGACAUUCGCUGUGACAGCAUCCACAUCCCUGGCAGCCCCCUGCAGUUCUACGUGGAUUACGUGAACAGCGGCCACGUCACCGCCUACGGCCCCGGCCUGACCCACGGCACCGUCAACCGCCCGGCGGCCUUCACCGUCAACACCAAGGACGCGGGCGAGGGGGGACUGUCCUUGGCCGUCGAGGGUCCCUCCAAGGCCGAGAUCAGCUGCCAGGACAACGGGGACGGGACCUGCUCCGUGUCCUACCUGCCGGUGCUGCCCGGGGACUACGGCAUCGUGGUCAAGUACAACGACAAGCACAUCGCGGGGAGCCCCUUCACAGCCAGGAUCACGGGUGACGAUUCCCUGCGCCAGUCCCACCUCAAGGUGGGCGCCUCGGCCGAGAUCCCGCUGGACAUCGGCGAGAGUGACCUGAGCCAGCUGAGCGCCACCGUCACCGCGCCCUCGGGCCGGCGCGAGCCCUGCUCGCUGAAACGGCUGCGGGACGGCCACCUGGGGAUCUCGUUUGUGCCCCAGGAGGUCGGGGAGCACCUGGUCCAUGUCACCAGGGGGGGACAGCCGCUGCCGCGCAGUCCCGUGUCCGUCACCAUCAGCCAGGCCGAGCUCGGCGACGCCUCCCGGGUGCGGCUGCGCGGGCCCGGCCUGAGCGAGGGCACCACGUUCCAGCCCGCCCAGUUCACCAUCGACACCCGCCAGGCCGGCUACGGGGGGCUGAGCCUGUCCAUCGAGGGCCCCAGCAAGGUGGACAUCACCACGGAGGAGCUGGAGGACGGCACCUGCCGCGUGUCCUACUGCCCCACCGAGCCCGGCAACUACAUCAUCUCCGUCAAGUUCGGGGACCAGCACGUGCCUGGGAGCCCCUUCUCGGUGAAGGUGACGGGCGAGGGCCGCGUGCGGGAGAGCAUCACCCGGCGGCGCCGCGCCCCCCCCGAGGCCAGCGUGGGCACCCCCUGCGACCUCAGCCUCAAAAUGCCGGAACUCUCCGUCUCGGAGGUCUCGGCGCAGGUGACCGGCCCCUCGGGGCAGCCGGUGGCGGCGCAGGUGCUGCCCGGCGCCGGGGGCGCGGUCGGGGUGCGCUUCGUGCCGCAGGAGACGGGCGCGCACCGGGUCAGCGUCAAGGACCGGGGGCAGCACGUGCCCGGGAGCCCCUUCCAGUUCACCGUGGGGCCGCUGGGCGAGGGCGGCGCACACAAGGUCCGAGCCGGGGGGCCGGGGCUGGAGCGCGCCGAGGCCGGCAGCCCCGCCGAGUUCAGCAUCUGGACGCGCGAGGCCGGCGCCGGGGGUCUCUCCAUCGCCGUCGAGGGUCCCAGCAAGGCCGAGAUCGCCUUCGAGGACCACAAGGACGGAUCCUGCGGGGUCUCCUACGUGGUGCAGGAACCCGGUGACUACGAGGUGUCGGUGAAGUUCAACGACGAGCACAUCCCCGAGAGCCCCUUCGUGGUGACGGCGGCGGCUCCCAGCGACGCCGCGCGGCGCCUGACUGUUUCUAGCCUUCAGGAGUCGGGGCUGAAGGUUCACCAGCCCGCCUCGUUCGCCGUCAGCCUCAACGGGGCCCGGGGGGCCCUGGACGCCAAAGUGCACAGCCCCUCGGGGGCCGUGGAGGAGUGCCACAUCUCCGAGGUCACCCCAGACAAAUACGCCGUGCGCUUCAUCCCGCGGGAGAACGGCGUCUACUCCAUCGACGUGAAGUUCGAGGGCUCCCACAUCCCCGGGAGCCCCUUCAAGGUCCGGGUGGGGGAGCCAGGCCAGGCCGGGGAUCCGGGCCUGGUCUCGGCCUACGGGCCUGGCCUGGAGGGCGGCACCACAGGCUCCCCGGCCGAGUUCGUGGUGAACACGUCCAAGGCGGGCCCGGGCGCUCUGGCCGUGACCAUCGAGGGCCCCUCCAAGGUGACCAUGGAGUGCCACGAGUGCCCCGAGGGGUUCCGGGUCAGCUACACCCCCAUGGCCCCCGGCAGUUACCUCAUCGCCAUCAAAUUCGGGGGGCCCCACCACAUCGUGGGGAGCCCCUUCAAGGCCAAGAUCACCGGGCCACGCCUGGUGAGCAGCCACAGCCUCCGCGAGAGCUCCUCGGUGCUGGUGGACUCGGGGGGCCACGGGGGCCCCUCCCCCGCCCCCGCCCCCGCCGGGGCCCCCCCGGGACCCCCCAAAUUCUCGGACGCCUCCAAGGUGGUGGCCAAAGGCCUGGGGCUCACCAAGGGCUUCGUGGGCCAGAAGAAUUCCUUCACCGUGGACUGCAGCAAGGCCGGCAACAACAUGCUGCUGGUGGGGGUGCAGGGCCCCCGCAGCCCCUGCGAGGAGAUCGUGGUCAAGCACUUGGGCAACCAACUGUACAACGUGGGCUACCUGCUGCGCGAGCGCGGCGAGUACCUGCUGGUGGUCAAGUGGGGCGAGCAGCACGUGCCCAACAGCCCCUUCCGCCUCUGCGUGCCCUGAGACGCCCAAAAAGCCAAAAAAGUGUCCUGCAAAUGGGGCAAAAGCAAAAAAAUGCCAUGGAAACGGGGGAAAAGCAAAAAAAAUGGGGGAAAACCCAUAAAAAACGGGGGAAA